AUGUGUAUGGUCAUAUUUGCUCCGAUCUUUGCCGUCUGUGCAUUUGCAACAUGUGGAGGGUACUCUGGUCACCUGCGGGUGAGAGUGGAAUGUCUAGACAAGAGCCAGAGCAACCUCAGCAUCACCGUAAACUUUGCCUAUCCCUUCAGGUUACAGCAGGUCCAUUUCAAGCCCACACUGUGUGAUGGGAACAGACAGGAGACCAUCUUCAUGGUAGGAGACUACUCCUCCUCAGCUCAGUUCUUUGUGACCGUGGCAGUUGUUGCCUUCCUCUACUCCCUGCUGGCCACCGUGGUGUACAUCUACUACCAGAACAAGUACCGCGAGGGUAACAGAGGACCACUGGUGGACUUUGUAGUGACUGUGCUCUUCGCCUUCAUGUGGUUGGUGAGCUCCUGUGCCUGGGCCAAAGCUCUGUCUGAUGUGAAGUCAGCCACAGAUCCCACCCAGGUCCUCCUGCUCAUCUCCGCCUGCAGACGCCCAGCCAACCGGUGUUCAGCUUCCCACCACCCAGUCUGGUCUGAGCUCAACACGUCUGUGGCCUUUGGUUUUGUAAACUUUAUCCUCUGGGCCGGCAACAUCUGGUUUGUAUUCAAAGAGACUGGCUGGUACAAGACUGGGCAGAGGUACCCGAUGAGAAGUGCCUCUGAGAGACGGGCCAAUGGGAUGAGCCAACGACUCUGCAGCCAGAACAGUGUCGACCAAUCAGGGGACAGCUUCUAUCAACAUCCAUACAGGCAGGCUAGUUUUGACCUAUCACGGGAGAGCUUUGGCCAACAGCACUACAGCCAAGGCAGCUUCAACCAAUCAAUGGGCAGCUUACGCCUGCCGCAGACUAGUCUAGGACAGCCAGUCAUCAUCAGUCAGGGGGAUGUCACCCCUAAAGGGCCUAAUCCUAUCAUAUUUGUUAAUGAUAUUUAG